CGGCCCGGAACAACAUGGCUACGGUGUUUCGGCCCCUGGAACGCCUGCGGGCGCCGCGUCCUUCGCUGCAUCCCGGGGUGACGGGCUCGGGCUCCGCCUGCUGCCGCUGCCCUCUCGGAGCUAAAAGAUACCUACUCACAGAUAAUAUUGUAAAGUUAAAGGAAUUUCAACAUAAGAAGAUAGCUAUUGCAUAUAACCUUCCCAGCACCAAAGAAAUCUACUUCAGGAACUUGGAAGAGAAGUUGACCCAGAACAAACUCAUCUUGAAGGAAGAGUUGAAAACGCUGCUGCACCUGUGCCAGUCCCUGGAAGAUGUGCAGCUGGCGAAAGCUGUCAUUUAUAGGUACCAUGCAGAAAACAGGAAUUUCACUUUGGGGGAGUACAAGUUCGGACCAGUUUUCAUGAGGCUGUGCUACGAGCUGGACCUGGAGGACUGCGCAGUGGAGCUCGUCAGAGACAAGCAUCUACAAGGUUUCUUCCUAGAUUCAACAUCAUUCAAUAUUUUGAUGGAUAUGUUAUUUACCAAAGGCAAAUAUGAAAGUGCGCUGCAAGUGUUGAUCGAGAUGAAAAACCAAGAUGUGAGGUUCAGCAAAGACACCUAUGUCCUCGCUUUUGCAGUCUGCUACAAACUGAAUACCCCGGAGUCGCUUAAAAUCUGUACUACGUUAAGAGAAGAAGCCCUGAUUAAGGGAGACAUUAUCUCCAGGAGAGCAUACUGUUUUGCAGUAGCAUUAGCUCUGAAUCAGAACCAGUUGGAAAAAGCUGUGUCCAUUUUUUCUCAAAUCAUGAAUCCAGAAAGCAUAGUGUGUAUUAACUUAAAUAUCUUAAUCCACAUCCAGUCAAAUAUGUUGGAAAGCCUGAUAAAGAUCUUAGAGGACUCUCUUGACACAAAUUUAUCGAAAUUUGUAAGAAGACACACAUUCUCAGAGGAAGUGCUGGCCAAAGUGAGGGAAAAGCUGAAAGACAGCCCCGCACUCACAGCCAGAUUCGACGAGAUCUAUGGGAGGCUGCACGUGAACAGUCAGAUCACCACUUACUCUUUGGAUGCUCUGCUCUGUCACGUCCCCCGGGACAAAAGAUCCAACAUGUUGCUGUUAAAGAAGAGGGUAGUCAGCCAUCGGACCUUACAACCUCUCAGCCAGUCCCUGCUGACCGAGUAGCCGGUGUCCAUUUCCCUGGUCUGGAGGAGCUGCUGCUUCAAGUGAACUACUGGCUUCUCUGGCUGGCCGGGCACCUUCCUUACUUCAGUGGCACUGUGCUGACACUUGGUCCCCCUAAGUCCCCUGAGUGAAGAGUUGGCUCAGGCAAAGGGAACAUCGCAGAAAGGCAGCUGCCCCUGUUUCAGAGUCCAGAGUAAGACUCAAGCUGCUAAUGCGGCCCAGUGGAGUGGAGCUCAGGAGGUCUCUGCAGGCCGGACUUCUCGUGGUCUUGACUGACCUUUCAUGGCAGAGGUGACUCACAGGCUGGGGAGACCUGAAACCCUCAUCUCCCAUCUUUGGAAGUGGGAGAGGCCUUCCUCCUCAUCUCCGCCAUCGUCAUUCCGUCUGAGGUGAUGCUGCCUGGGUGCGCUUGGAUGAGUUCACAUUUCCAUUCAGGGUUCAUUAGAGUUCAACUUUCUCCAGAACAAGAAAUAAAAGAUCCUGU